AGGCGAAUUGGCAUCUCCUGCGGCGUAGAAGCCUAUCCGGCCGUCGCCGGCGACACGGCAUCUGAGGAGCUCGCCUCGCAGCCUCUCCUGCCAACCGGCUCACCAACGCAAUGGCCUUCGACCCGACCCAGGACGAGAACGAGGUCUCGAAUCCCGUGAAAAGGAUACGAUGGGCGACACAUAGAGCAGGGGGCACGAAAGGGGACAAGAAACGGGCGUCGCUCAUACAACGUCUCCACAACCGAACAACCUCGACUGAAAAGAAGCGCGAGUCUUCGGGCACUACCAACACCACGGGCAAGGAAAGCGAUGCCCCCGAGAGUGGCUCAGAAACCGGAAGCGAUGAGCAGGACACCAGUAGGAGGGUAUAUUUUAACAUUCCGCUCCCGGCGGAGGAGAGGGACGAAGAUGGACACCCAAAGGCCUCCUACUCCCGAAAUAAAAUACGGACUGCAAAGUACACCGCCAUAAGCUUCGUACCCAAGAAUCUGUGGUUCCAGUUCCAUAACAUUGCCAACGUGUACUUCCUCUUCAUCAUUAUCCUUGGAAUUUUCCAAAUUUUUGGCGCCUCGAAUCCAGCACUGAACGCGGUUCCACUGAUCGUGAUCAUAACCAUAACCGCAGUCAAGGACGCAGUUGAAGAUUGGCGACGAACCGUGCUUGACAAUGAGCUGAAUAAUGCUCCGGUUCACAGAUUGGUGGAUUUCAAUAAUGUCAACACAGCAGAGAACCAGAUUUCGCUGUGGCGACGAUUCAAGAAGGCUACUACAAGGCUCAUCAUUUCAACUUGGAAGCUGAUGAACAAGAGAAAGAGCAAAGGGGAGAAAGGCAAGAGCUGGCAAGAGAGGUCCAUGGAUGAGUCGAGGCCCUCAGUCGAGACGAGAAGAGCUUCCGCCAUCUCCCGAAGAGAGUCCUUCCUUUCUGUUGGGAGCCAGGAGGGCAUCCAGAUGACUCCAGUCCCUUCCCCGGUCCCAGGCCAAGGGCCGCCUCCUGAUGCGCUGGACAUUGAGGGUCAUCCCCAGACGACUGUCACUUUCGAAGGAAUUCGGCCUGGAGCGAAGGGCCAGCCCGCGCAGCGGGACUCCACCGCGCCAGCCAGGAAAUUCUAUGGCAACAUCAUAGAUCCUUUCAAAACUACCCCGGACACAGCUAGGUUCAAGAAGGACUACUGGAAAAAUGUUCAAGUUGGAGACUUUGUUCGUCUGUACAACGACGAAGAAAUCCCAGCCGACGUCGUUGUCCUCUCCACCUCGGAAGCUGACGGGGCUUGCUAUGUUGAAACGAAGAAUCUAGACGGCGAAACUAAUCUAAAGGUCCGACAGGCGCUGCAUUGCUCUGAAAAUGUGAGGCACGCGCGUCAUUGCGAGAAAUCUUCAUUUGUGAUCGAAAGCGAAGGCCCUCAUUCCAAUCUCUACUCCUACAGCGCAGUCAUAAGAUGGGCUCAACGCGAUCCCAGGGACCCCGAUCUACCUACCACGGAUAUGGCCGAACCUAUAACAAUCAACAACUUGCUUCUUCGUGGUUGCAACCUGCGAAACACCGAAUGGGCUCUUGGUGUCGUCGUUUUCACUGGAGACGAAACGAAGAUCAUGAUCAAUUCAGGCAUAACUCCUAGCAAACGCGCUAAAAUUUCCAAGGACCUGAACUGGAACGUUGUGUACAACUUCAUCAUCUUGUUCUUCAUGUGCUUGAUCUCUGGCAUCGUACAAGGAGUCUUUUGGGCUAAAGACGACACGAGCCACGCUCUAUUUGAGUACGGUUCUUACGGUGGUUCCCCGCCUCUAGACGGCUUUAUUACUUUCUGGGCCGGUGUCAUCCUCUUCCAGAACUUGGUUCCUAUCUCGCUCUACAUUACCCUCGAGAUCAUCCGUACGUUACAAGCCGUCUUCAUCUACAGCGACGUCCACAUGUACUACGAAAAGAUUGACUACCCGUGUACUCCGAAGUCUUGGAACAUCUCCGACGAUGUGGGUCAGAUUGAGUACAUCUUCUCAGACAAGACUGGCACUUUGACGCAAAACGUCAUGGAGUUCAAGAAAGCCACAGUAAACGGCGUUCCCUACGGAGAGGCCUACACGGAGGCUCAAGCUGGCAUGCAACGACGACAAGGGAUCAACGUUGAAGAAGAGGGCGCCCGUGCUCGCGAACAAAUUGCCCGCGAUCGCGUUCGAAUGAUUGAGUCAAUUCGCCAAAUGCACAACAAUCCUUACCUGCGAGACGAGGACCUUACCUUUGUUGCCCCCGACUAUAUUGCUGACCUCACUGGAGAAUCGGGUGAAGAGCAACGACAAGCGAACGAGAGAUUUAUGCUGGCCUUGGCCCUGUGUCACACGGUAAUCACCGAAAGAACCCCGGGCGACCCUCCUAGGAUCGAAUUCAAAGCCCAAUCUCCCGAUGAGGCUGCGCUAGUAGCUACAGCUCGCGACGUUGGGUUCACUGUCCUUGGCCGAAGUGGAGAAGACAUCAAUCUCAACGUAAUGGGCAAGGAAUCGUCCUAUAGGGUCCUGAACACUCUAGAAUUCAACUCGACGCGGAAACGUAUGAGCGCUAUCAUUAGGAUGCCCAACGGCAAGCUUAUGCUAUUCUGCAAAGGAGCGGACAGCAUAAUCUAUUCGAGAUUGAAGAGUGGCAUGCAGCCAGAACUCAGGCGAAGCACUGCGGAGCACCUCGAGAUGUUUGCACGUGAAGGUCUACGAACGCUUUGCAUUGCUGAACGAGAACUCGACGAGGAAGAAUACCAGGAAUGGAAUAGACGACAUGAUAUUGCUGCCGGGGCUGUUGCCAACCGCGAAGAGAAGCUCGAAGAGGUUGCCGAUUCGAUUGAACGAGAACUCAUGCUUCUUGGUGGUACCGCCAUUGAGGACAGGUUGCAAGACGGUGUUCCCGAUGCCAUAUCUUUGCUUGGUAAAGCCGGAAUCAAGCUCUGGGUCCUCACCGGUGACAAGGUUGAGACUGCGAUCAACAUUGGCUUUUCUUGCAAUCUCCUCGACAACGACAUGGACUUGAUUGUUUUCAAGAUCGAAGACGAGAGUUUGGCGACUGCGGAAGCCGAGCUAGACAAACAUCUUGCGACUUUCAACAUGACCGGAUCUGACGAAGAACUCAAAGCUGCACAAGACAAUCACGAACCUCCCGACCCGACCCAUGCCAUCAUCAUUGAUGGUGAUUCAUUGAAACUCGUGUUGAACGAUUCUAUCAAGCAGAAGUUCCUCCUGCUCUGCAAACAGUGUCGCUCGGUGCUUUGUUGCAGAGUCAGUCCGAGCCAAAAAGCCGCCGUCGUCCAUAUGGUCAAAACUGGAUUGGACUGUCUUACACUCGCAAUUGGUGACGGCGCGAACGAUGUUGCCAUGAUUCAAGAAGCACAUGUAGGUGUCGGUAUUGCUGGUGAAGAGGGCAGACAAGCUGUGAUGUCUUCCGAUUAUGCCAUUGGCCAAUUCCGCUUUCUCACUCGACUCUGUCUUGUGCAUGGGCGAUGGUCUUAUCGCAGGCUGGCAGAGACCAUUGCCAAUUUCUUCUACAAGAACCUUGUUUGGACGUUUUCGCUGUUCUGGUAUCAGAUUUACGAGAACUACGACUGCUCGUACAUUUUCGACUACACCUACAUCAUUCUCUUCAAUCUUGCCUUCACUUCCCUUCCCGUCAUCUUGAUGGGUGUUCUAGACCAGGACGUCGACGACAAAGUCUCGCUUGCUGUACCCCAGCUAUAUCGCAGAGGUAUUGAGCGAAAGGAGUGGACGCAACCUAAAUUCUGGAUGUAUAUGGCGGACGGAUUUUACCAGUCAAUCGUCACGUUCUUCAUGGUGUAUUUGCUCUUCUCCCCUGCGACUUUCAACUCAUCAAACGGAUUGGGAAUUGAUGACACAAAGCGAAUGGGUGUCUACGUCGCCACGAUCGCGGUCCUUUCCGCCAAUUUCUACAUUCUCUUCAACACCUACCGGUGGGAUUGGCUAAUGCUUCUCAUCGUGGCAAUCAGUUGUCUUCUGACAUGGUUUUGGACUGGAGUGUGGACCUCUGGUACCGGAAGUGCCGCAUUCUACAAAGCGGCGCCCCAAGUCUAUGGAUCGCUCUCUUUCUGGGCCGUGCUUCUUCUGGCUGUGGUCAUUUGUCUCCUGCCCCGCUUUGUGGUCAAGGCUACCCAGAAGAUCUAUUUUCCUUAUGACGUGGACAUCAUUCGCGAACAAGUUCGCCAAGGAAAGUUCGAUUACCUCAAGGAGAACGAUGACUUUAUACCACCACCUCCGGAGAAAGUCGCUUCCAUGUCAUCAUCAGAUGUUUCCAAGUUGAACAAGAAGACUCCCGAGGCACCUGUUGUUGAGGAUGAUAUGCGACCCAUAUACCCUCCGUCCGUAGCUCCGACCUCUACGACACACAACCCGAGGAGUCAGAACGGAAGCAACAGCACCGAUUACACUUACAGGCGUUCUUUGGAUACCAUUCCCAAUAGGAUAUCAUUGGAUCGCCCACGACCGUCCUUCGACCGGGCACGCGUUUCGAUGGACAGGGUCAGGCCAAGCUUUGAGCAAAGUAACGAAUUUACUUCUGCUGCAUUGCUAACGCGUAUCGAAUCUAGUCAGAGUCAAACGGGUCAGCGUACUGGACAACUUAGUCGAUUACGGCAUGCACUGAGCUCGAGAAGACCGACUAGCUCGAAGGAUGAGGACCCCGAGCAUCUAAAAUAAGCAUCGCCCAACCUAACCACCUAAUCAUCCAUCUACCUACUUUACGACUCCGAAUCUUCGAGUUUAUCGAUAUUCCCCCUCACGACGGCUGUACAUAA